AUGAGUUCUCAGAAAGAUGAAAUGCUUCAUACUUAUGCGUCUCAAAGUUCUGAUCAAGGACCCCGGCUACCAGUUUGGGACGACAAUGAAGGUACCUUCGCCGGCUGCUCGGCUGAACGCCCCCCGCGGGUGGUCAAAACACUUGGCAACGGGUUUGACCAACAAAGAUUAUCGUCUGUCACUGACAUUCUGUCAUACCUGUGCAGCAUUUAUUACAAGGCCACGUCGGUGCAAGAUGAUUUGGCGGUGCGUGCAGUCCGGAUACCGAUCUCGGGGAAGCAGGUGCAUCGCGGGUGGUGGGAGGGCUUGACAAGGCGCACGAGCCUCUCCCAGGGAGCGAAUGUCGUCGACAGCUCGGACGUGAAGUAUUUCGCGAAUAUCACUCUGGGGGGGAGCCCGUUUCAGGUCCUCAUUGACGCGGGCAGCUCGGACCUGUGGGUAGCUGGCAGCACAGCGAACACGCAAAACACGGGGAAGAAGGCAUCAGUUGCUUAUGCUAUUGGCGAUGCUACAGGGCCUAUUCUCACGGCACAGCUCGAGUUUGACGGAUACACGGUGGAAAACCAGGCGUUCAUUAGUGUCCCUGUAGAUGAUUCCCACCCCACAGGCCAAGGGAUCAUCGGCCUCGGGCCCAACAGUGGCUCGCAGGUGCACGCCGCGUUCAACAACGCGUCGGGGGACGCGGUUCUCGACAAUAUCUUCCGCCAGAACACGUCAACGCCCAACUACAUGACCGUCCUUCUUGGGCGCUCCGUCGAUGUGGCAAAUCCGUACCCAGGAGAGCUCACGAUCGGGUCCGUCAUCAGCUCAUACGAAAAUAUCACAUCCCAGCCCAAGCUGCCCGUCUCGCGGGUGUCGGAUACGGUUGGCCAGCAUUGGUUGGCGCUGCUUGACAAGGACGGUGUUGUUGGUCCGGAUUGCCAGCCGAUAGAGGUGUCGUCCACCGUGGGUGGGCGGGAUCAGCUCACCGUUAUGUUCGACACGGGCUUCACACUUCCACAGGUCCCUCCGGCUGUCGCUGGUGCCAUCUACGGCAGAGUGCCUGGUGCGAAGUUCGCGAAUUUCACGAACACGGGGCCUGUGUGGACGGUCCCGUGCGAUGUGGAGCUGAACGUCACGUUCAAGUUUGGGAAUGUUUCUUUCCCAAUCAACCCCCUAGACACCAACCUGGACACUUUAAAUGAACUAAACGCCAACGGAAGCACGAUCUGUGUUGGUUCUUUCCAACCCAUCACCACUGCGUCGUCGUCCAACUAUGACAUGAUCCUGGGCAUGGCAUUCCUGCGAAACGCAUACAUGCUGAUCAACCUCGGCGACUUUGUGGACGGAUCCACGUCGCAAACCGCGCCGCCAUACAUCCAAUUACUGCCCACGCUGGACGUGCCGCAAGGACACGCCGCGUUCGUGAAGGAGCGCCUCGGAGGUGUGGACAACACGUCUUCCUUCCAUCUACUGCCCGCCCAACCGAUCAACAAAGGGGCGCACGGCAGCUCGGGCGCAAGCGUGGUCAAGCGGUACCUGCCGUAUAUCAUCGCGGGAAGCGUCGUGCUCGGUGUGCUGCUCAUCGCGUUUGUGUGGUACUGUAUUGCGAGCAACCGCGGCAAACAUAUGUACCAGCGCCUACAGGAGCCCGUUGAGCCUGUGCCGGUCGGGGUCUAUCAGGAGCAACCACCUUUCACCCGUUAUCAACAGCCUCACCGUCGCCAUUAG